AUGUUCCGCUCUACAUUCAAGCGGAUCUGUCUUCCUGCUCCCAUUCGGCGCUACAGUAAAUCAGCAACAAUGUCGUUGAAGGCAAUCUCCUCUAAGGAUGCCGCUGCCCUAGACAAAGAUUUGAUGGAGGUUGGCGGCUGGUCCCUUGACCAAUUGAUGGAGCUAGCAGGACUCUCUGUCGCGCAAGCCGUAUGGAAAGUCCACCCUCUAAGCGCAGGUAAAAAUAUCCUAGUUGUCUGCGGACCAGGUAACAACGGAGGAGAUGGCCUUGUAGCAGCCCGUCACCUAGCACACUUUGGCUACAAACCAUCAGUAUACUACCCAAAACAAGGCAAAAACGAACUCUACCAACGCCUUCGAAUCCAACUCGAAAACCUCUCCGUUCAAUUCAUAACCGACUUCCCAACAGCCCUGCAAGGAACAGAUUUCCUAGUGGACUCAAUCUUCGGCUUCUCCUUCGGCGGACCACUUCGCGAUCCAUUCGGCGAGAUAGUCUCACAAAUCGAAUCAGCCAAUGUGCCCGUGCUCAGUGUUGACGCGCCCAGCUCAUGGGAUAUUCAAAGCGGGCCACCGAAGGAAGGACCCGGUGCGAGAUUCAUGCCUAGUUCGCUGAUUAGUUUGACGGCGCCAAAGCCUUGUGUGCAAUUUUAUAAGGGACGGCAUUUUAUUGGAGGUAGGUUUUUGACGAAGGGUAUUGCCGAUAGGUAUGGGCUUGAUUUGCCUGCUUACGAGGGUGUUGAGCAGGUUUUGGAGGUUGGGGUUGAUGCUGAGGGGAAGCUGUGA